GUCUGCCUUCCCAUCAAAUCAAACUCCAAUUUCUCCUCCCAAUUAAGAAUAAAACUUCUUCGCCCAAAAAUUUUCCGAGGAAAUGACAGGCCGUGGAAAGGGAGGCAAGGGCUUGGGCAAGGGAGGAGCGAAACGACAUCGUAAGGUGCUGAGGGACAACAUCCAGGGCAUCACCAAGCCUGCGAUUCGCCGUCUUGCUCGCAGAGGUGGCGUGAAGCGUAUCAGCGGUCUGAUCUACGAGGAGACCAGAGGGGUUCUCAAGAUCUUUUUGGAGAACGUGAUUCGUGAUGCCGUGACCUACACCGAGCACGCCAGGAGGAAGACCGUGACCGCCAUGGACGUGGUGUAUGCUCUGAAGAGGCAGGGAAGGACCCUCUACGGUUUCGGGGGUUAAAUUGGGAAUUUUAUGCCUUUAUUUUGGGAAUUAGGGUUAGGGUUCUUCAGAUCUGGUCUUUAGAUCUGUCGAUAACAAUUAUAGUAGUGAUGUAAUUUGGACCCUUGUUUGAAGUAAUAUAAGUUUGAUUUGUUAGUGAA